CCGCGUGGUACCGGCGUGACAGUCACUGCUUGAUGCACCAGACGCGGGCGAGUGUGCGAUGCUCAAUUAGUAUUAACUGACUGAUUGCUCGAUAGUGUUUUUUAUUAAUUCGGUGGCACCCUUGAUUUUGAUUUGAAUUUGUGGGAGUGGUUUCUCGGGGACGAAAAAAUGGUGCUGUUGAGCUGGAGGAUACCGAGCUUGAUCUAUGUUGUUCUGCAUUUGAGUACAAUUUGUGCACAAGAUUAUGAAGUGACGGAGAUCCAGUGCACGUUCGCCAAUACGAACAGCAUAGGAUCAAGGGAUUCGAUAUUGGCGAAAUUGCGAAAACCCGACGGCUUCAAGGGCGAUCCGCUGUUCGCGGACGACAGGGCGGUGGAUCCGGAAACGGACCCGUCCUGUCAGAUUAAGCCGGACGUGUCCGACCCGACCGGACUAAAGUACAACCUGAAAAUCGUCGACUUCAGCCGAUGCGGCGUGCUCAAAAGAAACGGCUUUGUGCACGUUAGAGUGUGGUUCCCUCAAUUUCCUGGUGUAGUUAUGCAAUCGGAUCAAGAACUAAUAAUAAUGUGCAAACCACCUGAGCCUACUGUUAUUGAAAAUAAAGCUGCAGGAUUUGCAGGAAGCUUUCCUCACGGAGCAAGAGUGUCAGGAGUGGUGGAAGAAACUCCAGGCAGGUUAGAAUACGAAGUGGCACUGUACAAAGAAGCACCAGCUGCAAGGAUCUCAAAUUCGUCCAACAACGAACUGCCGGUGGAUCAGGCCGUACCGAUUGGCACCAAGUUGCAGCUUCGCGCCCGGAUAAGUCCCGAAUCCGCUUGGAAAUACGUGAAAUUAAUGGAGGUGACCGUCAGCCCCGAUCCCGAUGAUCCACACAUGCCCGGAAGCGUUGCGUUAGUAAAAGACGGUUGUAGAAACCGGGACUUCGCCUCCAUAAUCCCCCACCAACCGGCGAGGUAUAGAGAACGUCACAACGAAGUGUUCCUGGACUUCGAAGCGUUCCUCUUGAGCACGAUGAAGGAGCGGUCCACCCUGUGGAUCCAUUCGCAAAUAAAAGCGUGCAUGGACGCGGUGGACUGUCAACCGGACUUCUGCUUGGACUUGUUCGAGCCAUCAGGACACGGCAGAAGGAAACGUAGCUCGGAAAUCAUCGAAAUCGUCCAGAAACCCACGGCUGCAGCUCUGACCCACUACAACACCACGCAGUUUACGAAAAUCAAGGAGAACUUGGAGUACACGGUUCUGAUGCCUGGAGAGUUUUAUCACAGGACCGCAGCAAUGGAAAACAGUUGUAGUACAUUUUUGGUGAUUGCCGCGAUUUUGGGGUGCUUGUUGUUCUUGUCGGCGUUUAUUAUGUGUUGGUUGGCCACGAGGUUGCACACUGCUUUGGUUGGCGCAGCUGCCAGCAGUAAGAAUUUGGAUCAGUUAGUUAGGGACAGUCGGUGUUAUUCUGAGUCGGGUUACACAGGUCGGGCUACCACGCAAUAAUAGUUAGUUUUUUUUAGUUUAGAUACUAUACAACCAAAAUAUUUCAUAUAGUGUUACUGGGAACCAAAACCAGAAAGCUAUUCUUAUGUAACAUGGUUAAAUGCAAAAUGUUGUGCAUGUUCUGUUUAUUAUUUUCCUGGAAUGGGUUGAAGUUACUGUACUGUUCUAAUUUGGUGUAACCGGAAAUUGAAGUAUUUUGUAUGUGAUAAAUUUUAACUUAAAAAAAUUCAUCGGUUUGUAUUUGUAGUUAUGGUAGGAAAAAAGCCAAAUAGAUGAAUUAUUACUUAUUAUUUAUGUACUGUUUAGUUUUGAGAGAUUAUUACAUGUUUUUAUUCUUUUAUUUAUUUUAUUUAUUUAUUUAUCUUAAUUUAUUUAUGUUAAUUACAUUAUAAUAUGAAAUAAACAAUUGUACAUAUUAAUUCAAAACUGUUAGUUUUAAGAACAUAUUGGAAAUAUUUUUAUAAGAAGUUUAAUUAACACUUUUUGAUAAUUAUAUAUGUAUCUUACUGUUAUUAAAUUUCUGCAAAAAAAAUUGUUUCCAAUAUAAUGUGGGAGGGACAAGCACGAAAGAAUUUUUUAAAACGUGCACAAGGUUUAUAUAUUAUUAUUAAGUUUAAUUUAUAUUGU